GCGCGCCGGUGCCGUUCGGCGGGGGGAGCGCAGCCAGCUCCUCAUUCAUGCGGCGGGGCUGGGAGCUGGCGGCGGCGGAUCGGCCGUAGAGCGCGAGCCGCCCCCUCCCCGCCUGUGAGCGGCCCCGGGCUCGGGCAGGCGGAUCGGACCGGGGGCCAUGCGGUUGAUCCGGGGGCCCCGCGGGGCCUGGCGGCUGCUGCCCCGACGCUCGCUGGUGGCCGUGCUCUUCCUCUUCUCGCUCUCCUCCUCCUUCCUCUACUUCGUCUAUGUGGCGCCCGGCAUCGUGAACACCUACCUCUUCAUGAUGCAAGCCCAAGGCAUCAUGAUUCGUGAGAAUAUGAGAACAAUAGGAGCUCAGGUUUAUGAGCAGGUGGUCCGCAGUGCCUAUGCCAAGAGGAACAGCAGCAUGAAUGACUCAGAUUAUCCUCUUGAUUUGAACCACAGUGAAACCUUUCUGCAAACCACAACUUUUCUUCCUGAAGAUUUUACCUACUUUCCAAACCAUACCUGUCCCGAGAGACUCCCUUCUAUGAAGGGCCCAAUUGAUGUAAAUAUGAGUGAAAUCAGAAUGGAGGAUAUCCAUCAAUUAUUCUCUAAAGACCCGGACAUCAAGCUAGGAGGCCAUUGGAAACCUGAUGACUGCCUGCCUCGCUGGAAGGUGGCAAUCCUGAUACCAUUCCGCAAUCGUUAUGAGCAUCUUCCAGUUCUCUUUAGGCACCUUAUUCCAAUGCUACAGCGCCAACGUUUACAGUUCGCGUUUUAUGUCAUUGAGCAAGCUGGUAACCAACCAUUUAACCGUGCCAUGCUCUUCAAUAUUGGCUUUCGGGAAGCAAUGAAGGACUUGGACUGGGAUUGUCUGAUCUUUCAUGAUGUGGACCAUAUACCAGAAAAUGACCGUAACUAUUAUGGAUGUGGACAGAUGCCAAGACACUUUGCAGCCAAGCUGGAUAAAUAUAUGUAUCUGCUCCCUUAUAAUGAGUUCUUUGGUGGAGUGAGUGGCUUAACAGUGGAACAGUUUCGGAAAAUCAAUGGCUUUCCUAAUGCGUUCUGGGGCUGGGGCGGAGAGGAUGACGAUCUUUGGAACAGGGUGCGGUAUGCAGGCUACUCAGUGACUCGACCAAGAGGAGUCACAGGGAAAUACAAGUCAAUUCCACACCAUCAUCGAGGCGAAGUCCAGUUCCUGGGAAGGUAUGCGUUGCUGAGGAAGUCAAAAGAGAGGCAAGUCCUGGACGGUCUCAGUAACUUGAACUACUUUCCAAACAUUACAUAUGACGCCUUGUAUAAAAACAUAACUGUUAACCUGACACCAGAGCUGGCUCUGGUAAACGAAUACUGAGAGGAGUUAAUAAGUUUGCUUUGCCCUUCACCAAGAAAGCAACACAUUAGACAUUCUUUUAUAGAGUUACCAAGGACAAGAAACACAUUGUCUAAUGAAGGAUCACAGUAUUUCGAAGAAUAAAAUUGAAAGUGCACGCCCAAAUCGUCUGGCCCAGUCCGAUUGUUUGUGCAACAAGCUCGGGGACUUCGCUCGCUUUCUGGUUUUAUGAACGAUGGUGUGACCUGCUGCUCUCGUCUCUGCAUUCCGUCUCCUCCAACAAUCUCAAUAUCACAACAGUGAUCUGACGUGCUUUUGUCUCACAGAACCAGUUUGGCUGAAUGACUCUGUUGGCUUCUUGAGUUUGGAUGCCAGAAGCAACCCAGUAGGCAACUGCCCUAAUAGGAGAUCAAAUGAAACUUAAGAUGAUACCAUUCUUCUACAUUUGUGUGGUUUUUUUUAAUGACCUGCUUGAAGUAUAUACCACAGAAUCGCUUCUUAAAGAAGUGUAAGUGUAAAUAAGCUGUGUAAAAUGCCUUUUUAUUUUCUUUUACAAUUAAAACUCAAGCUAAAGGUUUACAUAUUAAGGUCACUCAUUUAGGCCCCAAUCCUGCAAACACGUAGGUAACUUUACUCCUGAGCAAGUCCCUCUACUCAUGUGAGUAGUCCCAGUGAUGUAAAGUUAAGCGUAGGUGUUUACAGGAUAGGGGCCUUAGUUGGUAGGAUGUCGGGGUUCAGAAAUAUGGAGCCACAUCAUUGCAUACUAUGGAAAUGGCGGGGGCUUUUUGGGAGAAGGGAGGGAUAAGGGAAACUUCAUGAAAGAACAAAUAUCCAGUUCAUAUCAUUGUGUGGUAGAUAAUGUGUAAAUUAUAGUUCAUAUGGAGUUUUCCCAUUUUAUUCCUGUUGGGUUUUCAUUGCCCAUUACCCUCUAUACCACAGUGGUGGCAAGUGCAAGCUUAGAUUCUAGACUUACUCAAACACAUCCCUCCUCCUCUUCUCUCUCCCCCUCUCCCCUCAAAUUUCACCAGUAGGCCUGUGUGGUUUCCAUGCAAAAAAUCUUACCUUCCCUCCUCAGUCACUGUCUUUAGUUUUGGGCAGUCAGCUGCAGUUUAUUAAAUCUGCCCUUGAAUUAACAACGUUCUACAGUGAUUCCUCUAAUGUAACAUUUUUGUUUCAUGAAAUAAUAUUUUGAUAUAUUUAUUGUGUAAAUUGAACAGAACACUGAACUAAUGUACAUUCUAACUGUAGGUAGAACCCUUGGUUAUAAUCCUUAGCCAGGGAAUGCAUUCCACAAGUACAAAUAGUGAGCUAGAUUUAUCCACAGAUGUAAAAUCAUAAUGAGAAAAAAUGAAGGGCAUUCUAAUUAGUUCAGGAAAACAUGAGUAUACAAAACUGAAGUGCUUGGUGGUUGUCCCCAUCCAGUUUUGCAGAUUUAGGUUUUUUUCUGAACUGUUCUCCUUGGGUUGUGCCUGUUUUAGGGUUGUUUUUUUCUGGUUUAAAACCAAUCCAUCACUUAUACAGUAUGUACAAACUCACUUUUACUCGACUUCUAUAUGGUAAAAGUGCUUUGGGUUGCUUUUUUAUAUAUCUAUAUAAAGAGAUUGUGAGUAUUUAAGCUCAGAAGUACUUAACUUUCUUUUAUUGAAUUGUUUGCCUUCUGUUUCCUUAACUCUUAUGGUUUACAUUAUUUUCUUGGUUCCAUGGACAUAUGAUCCCCAUACACAUCUGCUGUGGGUGUGAUUGACCAGGACUCUUUUUUUGUCUCUGGAAUAACUUUGGUUUAGAAAACAUGGAGUUCUUGUUGUGUAGAUCUUAUCAGCCUGCAUGAAAGGACAGUUCAUCUGCCCUUGAAAGUGCUGGUAAGUUUGUAAUUUAGGUUUAAAGUCUUGGAAUACAUGUGCUUUAAAACUGUUUCUUGAAGGUUAUUUAUAGUUUUUUUUUUUUUAUGGCACAUAUAGCAAUAAAGACUCUCUUGCUUCUGA